GGCAGUGAAUUUGGUUUCAGUUCAAUUCCUGACGUGUGCUAAAGGAUGACAUCAAGGGGAAAAUGUUGGGCUUAAAGUUUUCGGUGAUAACAAAUAGUUUGUAUUUUCUUUUUGUGAAAAACUUGUUUAUUUAUUGAGUGAUGGCCCCGAGACGGCGAAGCAACGAAGGCCUGCUAGCCAGGGUCAAUUUUCCUCUGUACACCUUGCAAAUGCUAACAAAUCGACAUGUACUGGUGGCUGGUGGAGGAGGUUCUGCUAAAACUGGUGUGGCUAAUGGAUUUGAAAUCUUUGAAUUGAUGUAUGAUGGAAAGAGGUUUCUUGCGAAAGAAGUUGUCCGCCAUGAGACAGGCCCCAAAGUGGUUAUGAACUGUGCUUCUUACAGUGACAGUAAACAUACAUACCUAGCUGCUGGUCAGGAAAGCCACUGUCAAUUAUACCGUAUAGGUAUUACCGUUGAAGAGGAAAAGAGUGAUAAAAGUUCUGUUAAUGGAGUGGCAGAGCCGAACAAUUUAAGGCAAAGGAAAGUUGAUCGUGAUACCAAGGAAGAAAAUGUUAAAUAUGAAGGGAAAAAAUCCCACAACAAACUUAUUAGUUUUAAAUUUAAUGCAGCUGAUAGUAUACAAACUGAUUUUAAUGGCAAUGAGCCUGUACAGAGGGUUGUUAGAAUAUCGCGUUGUGGAAAAUUCAUGGUGACAGGUGGUACAGAUGGUCACGUUAGGAUUUGGGCUUUCCCUUCGUUGAAGCCCAUGUGUGACAUACACGCUCAUACGAAUGAGUUAGACGAUCUUGAUUUCAGUCCGGAUUCUAAAAAGAUUGUCAGUGUGGCUAAGGAUGGUUUGGCAAUCCUUUGGAAUGUCUCCAAUGGAAAGAAAAUCAACGAUCUUAAAUGGACACCACUCGCAAAUUCAAAAUUUUGCUUCAAACGAUGUCGGUUUGGUCCUGUUGAAGAGGACAAGAAGAAGAGCAGGGUGUAUACUAUAUCAAAUUCAAAGGGAACUUCCAGUAAAAACGACAAGGGCGUUUUGCAACAGUGGGACGGAAGUGAUGAAGCUACUUUAAGAAAGACGAUAACAAUUGACGAAAGUCUAUCUGCGCUUGCAGUAAGGGAUGAUGGAAGAUUUAUAGCAGUGGGCACUAUGUUCACUGGCUCAGUUUUUAUUUAUAUUGCUUUUAGUUUACAGCGUGUUUUGACUGUGAAAGGGGCUCACAGUAUGUUUGUGACUGGCCUGGAAUUGUUACCAUCCCAAGGUAGCUCGAUAUCUUCUAGUUCUGAAGCGGCUGUACUUAGUAUCUCAGUGGAUAAUAAAAUCUGCAUACACAAUUUGCCUUAUAGACGUACGCUCCCACCAUGGGUAGUUAUAAUACUUAUUAUAUUCACAUUGUUUUUUACUUUCACAUUGUGCAGUUACAUUGGGCUUUGACAAAAAUCAUAUUUCACAUUAAAAAAAUUCAACUAAAUAGUUUCAUUUUAUUGUUUAAUAAUUUUUGUAACGCAAUUUUUCGAAAUGUUUCAUCUAGUAAAACUUUGGUGAUUGAUUUGUACAUUCAUCACGAUUUAUUAUACUGUAUAUAAAUG